CUGGAAAGUGAGUUCAGUCGUGUCCGCGCGAUCGUGUUGCACGAUAUUUACCUGCGCGUGCAAACUCUCGAAUUCAGGAGCGUACCGUUCGCUCCGGGAGCCUCGCGAGUGCUACACAACCGCAUCCUUGCACGCUGCCAACGACCAGCUAGACAAGAUGCUGUCGAGGUUGCUGGUCGUAUUCUGGAUGGCACUUCCUCUAGCGCUAUCCCAGAGUAAUUAUGCGUCACAGGGAAACAGUAUCGAGUAUCAGCCUGGUUUGCCGCCCAGCACAGUGUUAAAUGGAAAAGUAACAAAAUUGGACGACAUCUCGUCGAUGAUAUUUCUGAAUCGCACAAAGGCCUACCUGAAUUGCAGUCAAGGGAGCAUGCAGGUGGAACUGAAAUUCGAGGAACCGUUUUACGGGGUCGCGUACGCUGAUUUCGAUCGAAACAGUGCCUGCAUAUUCAAAGGACGCGGAUCGACCAGCGCCAAGUUGGAAUUACCUCUGAAAGGAUGCGGCACGAGGCAGGAUCCUCAACGCGUGUUCACAAACAACGUUGUAGUUCGCUUCCAUCCUGGCCUCGAAAUGGACGGCGACGAAGUUAUUACGAUAGUUUGUAGGUAUCCUCCGCCUGUGGCACCUGCACCGCCGGCUCCUCCGGCCAGCAUCUUGGCUACCCCGGCGCCAGUCCCGCCAUCCGAACCACCGUUGAAAGGAUUUCAGAUUCUGCUCAUCAUCUGCGCGAUCCUGUUCCUUUCGUUGCUGUUACUUGGCCUCGGUUGCUCGUACAUGUGCUUGAAACGAAGAAACGUUCGUGUGAUCCAUCGACAUCCGUUCGGAAGUGGCUCGGGCUCGGAAAUAACAAAACUCUCCACUUCUUCCCUAAGCAACAUCACCAUGUUCGAGGGCUUGAAGAUACCUAGGGCUCAUGCUCUUCUACACGCACCUCCGUCCACCACCGGUAGCGAUGCCAACCUGAUGAUCGACCACUCGUUACCCAGCGAUUAUCCGAGCGAGAGCUCCGAGGUGGAUGAAGAACCUUCUCUGCCAGUUUCGUCCGCCGGCUCCUACGACAACAAAGCCUUUGUUCACCACGAGACUCAUCAACGCCAAGAAAUUCGUACCACCAGCUCCCUUUAUUCGGAGACAGUUGCCGCGGAAGUGGAAACGUCUUCCAUGACAGCGGCAAACGCUUCACGCACCGCAGUUCCUCGCCACAUGGUAGCCAUGCCGAUCGAACCAAAGUUCGACGUUCAAAUGCGAGUGAAGCGAGCGCCACCUCCUCCUCCAAGUCCUCUACCCUCGGAAUCCGACAUAGCAAGCGUCGCUCUAGAAAGAAAUCUGACGACGAUUCUCGAAAAGGAGGAAUCUAGCCUCACACGCAGUCUUGACAGUCCCCCAGCCAGGAUGACUACAUUCUCUUACGUUCCGGAGCUCCAUGGACCUCCAGGAGGCGCUCCGCCCGCGUCCAGCAUCUCCAGGCAGCAAACACCUCCGGUCUACUCGAGAAUCUUGAGGAAGCAGGCCGAGAGGGACACCACGACCAGCACUAGCAUCGUUCAGGAACGAAUUCCCUCACCUUCUCCCAUGGAACAGCCUCCUUUGCAACACCAUGAAAUUCGUAGACCCAGAUCCUUGACUUCCUUGAACACCGAGCUAACCGAGACACGUUCUCUGACCGAAGUAACUGAUCAUACACACGCCAAGUACAGAGUGGCUAGUAUCCUAGCUCCGACUCCGCCGCCACCUCCUCCAAUUGUUCCAACAGUCACUACUACCCACACAGCUGUUCAGCAUCGUGAACAUCGGCUGUUCCGCGAGGAAGUGACAGAGCCAUUGGUGGAGCCGCAGGUUGUCGCUCCUAGGCGGCCAGAGAUAACCACGCACGAAGUGGACGAUGUGUUUUUAAAGACAGUGACGGAGAAGAAGACUAUCGAGGAUGUGGAACGUCAUCGUCGUCAGGUGACCGAGUAUAGAACUAAACCACCACCUCCGGACCCUAAGUGGGACGUUACUAUCAGGAAUUAUCCUAAAGAGAAUCUGCCGCCGCCUCCGCCAGAAUGGGAAAACUUCUCUGAUGUUAGUUCCAACUCGAAUCUGACGAUUACCAAUGAGCCAACGGGCAGUCAGAUCGACGGGCCAGCUGACGAGGAACUGGACAUCAAUAUAGAGCCCACGUAUACCGCUAGAGCCGAGAUUCCUUGCAGACCACCUCCAGUCACUCAUCGUCGUUCCAUCGAUGAAACAGACGCUGAUUGGUUCUCUAGACUAUCGCGUGUCUUGGACCCCCGUUAUGCCGCCGAAUUAACUGACGGGGAACGAGCAAAAUGGCGCGAGAUAAUUACCACGGAUAGUACUUUACGGACCCUGUUGACAGAAGCCGUGGUUAAAGAGGACUACGAAUUGAUACGAAAAGAUGCCAGAUAUGCUCAUCUAUUCUCUCCAGCAAAGUGGGACGUGAUCAUCCGAAUCUUGGGGCCUCCUGCAACACAGCCAGGUUCCGCUUCGUGCUCUACCCAUGGAAAGAACCACGGGCAGCGAUAUAAGAGGUCCAAGUCCUCUGAAUGGGAUACCAGAUCGAGAAGAUCAUCCUUGCCUACUUUGUACGAGUAUGAGAGCGAUGGUGGUAGCUCUGCUCAUACUCAGAGCCACAGACUGCAGGUAUCGCAGUCUACAGCGGCGAUGAGUCAGUCGAAUCGUUUACGUCGACUGGCAUCGAGCAACAGAGGCACAGGCGGCGUUAGCGAGGCGGACGUUAGGUCCAUGUCGGAGAUGACGGUGAGAGACUUUGCCAGAGUGGACAGAGACGACUUGACGAGUUUGAGUUCGUUCGAGGGAGCAGAUUCACUGGUGAGAUCCUUGAGUCAGCCAAGUUUGGCCAGAAGCGGUUCAGAAUUUACCGAACACUGGGGUAUUCCCUCGGGCAUGCUGGAUCUCCCGCCUUGGACAGCGGAGGAGGAGGAGGAAGAGGAGGAGGAGGAGGAGGAGGGGACUAGUUCUGUGGAGACGACGCCCAGAGCGGUGAGAAGAAACGAUCAUCUGGAGGUGCUGGCGUCGUUCGACGAUCAUAGGCAGGGAUCAUCCACCGCUAGAUCGAGUCGGUACAUGGAGAGGGAAGUGAACAGCGUGCACGUGACCGAGAGUCAGAGGAGUUCCAACUGGUUCCACGAUGAUUCCGAGCCAGAGAUGCAGAUAUGAAGACGUUUAAGAGAAGCCGCCUACGUGUUCCAUUCUCUCCAACGUAUUUCUUCGAGUUUUUAUAAAAUCGAGUUAUUGUAAGAGAUUACGCACGAUCAUUAUUAUGGCAGAGGUUAUGAGUAUUAUGCGGAUCAAGGUUAUCGAUGAAAAAUCAAGCCAGUUCGAUUAAUUAUAGUAUUACGAGAGGAUAGAGAAGGAAAUAGAAGGCAGAUAGGCUAUUGUUUAUUUAGUAUUUGGAUGUCUGGUGCAAUCUCAUCGGACGAUUUACGUUUCUCCUACAUUUUCAAUAUCGUAACGAAAGAACGUCUCUCUACCCUGAAUGAAUUCUUUACAUCUUUAUCAAAUUGAAAUUAAAUGUGUGAAAUUAAAUUGGAAUGUCUAUCGUAAUGAAAGAAAUUGUAAAUAUUGGUUUAUUAAAGCUUUUGAAAAGCGGGACUUUAGAAACAGACACGAUCUAUCUCAAUGAGAAAUGAAUUAUUACGACUGAUACGAAUUAAUAAUGUCGGUACGUCAUCCACGUCAUUUUCCGCUGGAAGGGUAAGAUUAAAGUGUAAAGAAGAUUAAAAGAUUAAAAAGUGUAAAAAUCAUCUGACGAUAUGUAUAGAAAGGAUCGAUAAAGGAAAUAACGUUACACGAUCCAGCAAGCAUCUGUUGUUCCCUUCGAAAGUCUGGUUUUGCAGAAAGAACUUCAAGUUUGCUUGAAACGUAGAAAGAUACAUAUAUUUCGAAGCGUGUAAAUAUCAGGUUCAAGUUGAAUUUAAAUGACCCGAAUGAAAAUGGCUUGACUAGUCUGAACGCUGAUGCUUUAACGGAGAUGCCAGACUUUUCGAGUACUAAAGACUUUUAGUAACCUUGUAUUAUAAUAUCUUUUAAUUCGUAUCUGACUAUAUUUCCUUGACGUAUUUCGUCUAUAUAGUUGUCAAAGUGGCAACAACUACAGAUAUUACCACGUAUGAGAUAGCGAUAAUCGGGGUGCGUGUAAAAAAAGAUUAUACUUUUUACAAUUUUCGUAGCUACAAUUUUCGGGACAAGAUAUAGAUUUACAAACGAGUAUCGAAAUUUUAAAGAAUUAUAAUGUUGGAGGCAUCGUUGGAAAAAGUACUCGAAUAUUGGCUAAAUAGCUACAUGUGAAAUAUGUAAAAAAGAGCUAAAUUGUAGGUAAGAAAACAAUCAAAUUUAUUAUAUCGAGAAAGUAUGUUUGAAACUAUGCGUUUUUAGGAAUAUGUAAUGUAGAAAAGGCGAUUUUUUUUUCGAUCACAGUGAAAAUAACAGCAGUGGACAUUGAAAAUGUGCCCCUUCAAUAUCUACGGCUUACAAACUGUAUAACCUCUGUUAUAAUAUCCAGAUUUCUUCAAAUUGACAUUUUCAUUUUCGACGAAUGUCGCAUUAUUCUCCUAUUUUUAUACCUUUCUAUUAAUUGUACCGUUUGAAAUAUCUGUCCUUAAUUAUCAUAUUGUCCGGGAUGAUUAAACUUUUCACUGCCUUCUCGCAUUUGAUAGAUCGAAGACGCAGUUUUACCGCCUUCUUUACGAAUUAUCUACGAAUUCUCUACGAUUACGAAUAUCGAAAGAUUUUCGAACGAGCAUUCGCACAGUGUUUGCGACUCAAUGCGUUGACUGUCGGAUCAUCGAAGCAUGAACAGAACACCUGUGCUUUUAAAUUAAUUAAUUCGAGACAACGGAAGAAAUUGUUAUUCCUGUUUUGAAAUUAUUUGCCGAAAUUAAAUUCUUCUCGGUCAUUUCGUUUCCAUUUAAAAUUGAAUUGCGAAUGGAAUAUGCGUAGAAAGAAUGUAAAAGAUUGGAGGCAUGUGCUUAACAUUAAUGGUUAAUUAUUUAUUUUUUGCCAGGCGUUAAGAAACGUUAAUCGUUGAUAAUGAACAGUCGAUACAUUGAAGGAACAACAGUUAGCCAUUCUCUCCAUUUGUCACUCGAAUUCUGUAAAUGGAAAAAACGAGAAACGUCGAACAGGGUAAGAAUAUCUGAGAUUAUUGGACGAGUGAAACUGUAGAAUUUGGCGAAACGAAUUCAAUCAUGACGUACGAAUUGACCGGAAACGAGUUGAAGAAACGAAUCUACGACCAUUCCACGCAACAAAUUCGCUUUCUUAACGAUCGGUGGCGCAUUUCGAGAACCUUUAUAACCAUUGAAAACCACCAUGACCGUAUUAACGAUAAUUAACACUUUUGCUACGCAUCUAUGUAAAAUAAUCGAAUUAUAUUGAAAAUUGGCAAAUUUUCAAGAAACUUCUCCACGAAUAUAUCGUAAACUACUUUCUAUUCCUGGAAAAGAUUAUUUUGCGAAUAAUAAAAAAUAUAUCGAGCUUACAGGAUAUCAGAUAUUCGAUACGAAUAAAAUUAACUUAUAAAUUCGUUCAAUUUUACGUAAAACCUAAGCUUUUUCCUUUUUUUUAGCUUCUACCUACCUAUAUCAAAGUCAUAGGAUAUUCGCACUCCGCGUUUCUUCUUUUAUCUUUGUUAAAGACUAAUAAAAACUUUCGUAUUCUC